AUGGGAGAGCGCAACUCGAUCCUGUUCGGAAAGCUCACGCUGCGGCCCAAGCGUCGCUCCGUCGAACUGGCAGCAUCCUCGCGCCCCAACUCGACCCCCAACAAUACGACCACGGCGGAAGAGCCGACCUCGUUCUCGGGGCCUGCCGACUACGGCCUUGGCUAUUCGAGCAUCAACCAUGUCCGCUCCGCCAGCUAUCGGGGAAACCGAAAGAGUCGGAUGCCACACUCCCACGCAAUCGAGCGACCCGCCACGGCAGAGGCACACGCUGGCCACGAGUUCGGACAAAGUUCGACAAGCCGCAGCCCACGUCGACUGAACAAGCUCGGCAGCCCGCAUGCAGACGAGCAGCCGCUCUUCGUUCCCAUUGUCCACGAGGCUCUGCCAGCGCCGCGGAUUCAAUCCACCGUGCGCGCUCGAUGCUCCUCGAACAACUCUGCACGCGUCUCAUCGUCGCCGCCCAAGGUCGUCGCUCCACUUGCUCGGCCCCAGUCGCCAUUCGCUAUCAACAGCAGCGCGUCCCAAUCUCGCUUCAGCACCAUCGUGUCAGAGCGCAUCGUUGUGCGCCAACCUCAGUCCGCCGACGACUCGGACGUGGACCAACCUCCCCGAUAUGACGUCGUUGUGGACCCUGCUGGCACCGAAUCCGUCGAUUCUUUGUUCUAUGCUGUCGGACGCGGAUGGAAGAAGGGCAUCUACACGACAAAGGAAGAAGCUCAGCGCCAAAUUCGAAACUUUCCUGGACCUUUGCUGCAGCAGUUCCACAACCGAGCGGAAGCCGAGCGCUUCCUCGCAAAGGCUGGCCGCUUCAGCUCCCAGCCGGCCAAGAAGGACGACGCCGAUUCGGAAGACGAACUUGCAGAGCGCAUCCGCAUCUUCACCGGACUCGACCCCAACAGCGAAUUGGCUCGGCGCAGGAGCACCGGCAUGUCCGCAGAGCGCAGAGAGGCGCAGCGCAAGUCGCGCAUGCACUUUGCCAUGCACUCGCUCAUUCUUGCUCAAGACAUCACCCUCCUCUCGCCUCCGCUCUCACUUUGCAGCAAGCUUUCCGAUGAUCUGCCCAUCUCCCCCAUCGAAGAGAGCAAGCGUUCAGGUGUGGGCCCUGCACCCUCCUCUUUCAAGGGCAUGACGCUGCUGCCAGUCAAGGACCUUGCCAGCUCCAUGGCCUUCUAUACCCGCGUCUUGGGCUUCUCCUGCCUUUCGCAUUCGGAGGACGUGCAAGCGGUCAUGGGCUCUUCAGCAGCAACCGUGUGCCUGCGCAGCCUUCGCCAUGCACCGCCGCCGACCGCGGUGAGCAACUUCUCGCGCCUGAGCUUGAUUUCCACGGCUCAGAAUGGCGCCAGGAUCGAUCCGCUCGGAAGCGGACACGCAGUGCUCCCGCCCACGCCAGAAGAGGAGCCUGAGAAGACCCAGUCGUGGCUGCCACCCGAAUCUCUGAGCCACUCUGGCACGGAGCCUGGCCCGCUCAAGCUUUCCGCCACGAGUCUGCCUUUGCGCUCCGCAGCCUCUGCACCCUCGGGCGCGACUGUGCUGGUAGAGUGCAGUGGCAACCUGGAGGCGAUGCACUCGCUUCUCACCGCAAAGCUCAACGAGUGGAGGCUCGACCAGGCCAAAGCCGCACACGACGCGUACGGCGUCGCGCAUUUGUCCGACGGUGCAAAGCUUCUCGGCGGGAUCCAGCAGACGCCAUGGGACGCACAGGAACUGCAUCUGUGCGACCUGGACGGUCACCGCAUCAUCUAUACCACACCUCUCCUCCGUACCGCCACGGAGGCGAGCUUAAUCUAG